UCCCCUUCUUACCCUGCACUCAGAGCCUAGCCCGAGAGGACAAGGGCAGGAGGCACCAUGAGCGGGGGCCCUGCGGGAGGCAGGCCUGGGGGCCGCGGAGGCCCAACAGUUCAACAGAACAUACCCUCCGCCCUCCUCCAGGACCACGAGAACCAGCGACUCUUUGAGAUGCUCGGACGGAAAUGCUGGACGUUGGCCACCGCCGUUGUUCAGCUCUAUCUGGCGCUGCCCCCUGGAGCCGAUCACUGGACCAAAAAACAUUGUGGAGCUGUGUGUUUUGUGAAGGAUAACCCUCAGAAGUCCUACUUCAUCCGCCUUUACGGCCUUCAGGCUGGCGGGCUGCUCUGGGAACAGGAGCUGUACUCACAGCUGGUUUACUCCACUCCCACCCCCUUCUUCCACACCUUCGCCGGAGAUGACUGCCAAGCAGGGCUGAACUUUGCAGACGAGGGCGAGGCCCAGGCCUUCCGGGCCCUGGUGCAGGAGAAGAUCCAAAAAAGGAAUCAGAGGCAAAGUGGAGAAAGGCGCCAGCUCCCCACUCCACCAGCACCGGCCAAUGAAGAGAGAAGAGGAGGGCUCCCGCCCCUGCCCCCGCACCCAGGUGGAGACCAAGAGGGCCCAGCAGCCGGCUCACUGUCCCUGGGGCUGGUGGCAGUGGACAUCCAGAACCCAGACAUCACAAACUCACGAUACCGUGGGCUCCCAACAGUACCUGGGCCUCCUCCAGGUGAUAAGAAACGCUCAGGGAAGAAAAAGAUCAGCAAAGCUGAUAUCGGUGCACCCAGCGGAUUCAAACAUGUCAGCCACGUGGGGUGGGACCCUCAGAAUGGAUAUGACGUGAACAACCUGGACCCGGAUCUGCGGAACCUGUUCUCCAGGGCGGGAAUCAGUGAGGCCCAACUCACCGACGCUGAGACUUCCAAGUUUAUCUAUGAGUUCAUAGAGAACCAGGGCGGGCUGGAAGCUGUACGGAAGGAGAUGAGGCGCCAAGAUCCACUUCCACCACCCCCGCCACCAUCCCGAGGAGGGAACCAGCACCCCCGGCCCCCUAUUGGUGGGGGUAACAAGGGUCGCUGUGGCCCACUACCCCCUGUACCUUCAGGAGGUGCUCCACCCCCACCAACUCCCCGGGGACCCCCACCCCCAGGCCGAGGGGGCCCUCCGCCACCACCCCCUCCAGCCUCUGGACGCUCUGCACCCCUGCCCCCUCCACCUGCUGGAGCUGGGGGCCCGCUCCUGCCUCCACCACCACCGCCACCACCACCACCACCUAGCUCUGGGGACGGGUCAGUCCCUCCUCCACCCCCUCCUGCUCUGGCGUUUGGCGGAGGCCCAGCCCCUGGUGGAGGUCGGGGGGCACUUUUGGAUCAAAUCCGGCAGGGAAUUCAGCUGAACAAGACCCCUGGGGCCCCGGAGAGCUCAGCACUGCAGCCGCCACCUCAGAGCUCCGAGGGGCUGGUGGGGGCCCUGAUGCACGUGAUGCAGAAGAGAAGCAGAGCCAUCCACUCCUCAGACGAAGGGGAGGACCAGGCCGGCGAUGAUGAUGAUGACGAUGAAUGGGACGACUGAGUCAUCCCCACCCCAACCCUUCUGCCCUCGCUCCCCCUGCAGCUCUGCCCACCACCCCCACUCUCAGCUUCCAGGCCCCCAAGUUCCGUUUCUCUCCCACCAACCCCUCCAGUGCUAUUAUCUCUGACUGGACCCCCCACACUGGCCCUUGCAAUAGCCAGGGCCCUUUUUAUACAAAACUUCUCAGUUCAUCUCACUCAAGGAUGGUUUAAACAAAAAUAAAAUAACUGUCUUUUUGUUUCUCUAAA